CUCGAAUAAACAAAUAUGGCUGACUAAAGCAGAUUUUGUUUUGUUUUUGAAAAUAAAAUUUAGUAUUUACUCAUACUUUGCUCUGCUGAUUUCUAAUUUUAACUGAAAAUUUAAACACACAGUUUUAUAGAAUAUGAUUUUCUCCAGGAACUGUGUGUAGUUCUGUAGCAUGCUGGGUUAGGUUCAGUUUGCAUAAACUUGCACAAUUUUUCCAGUGUAUCAUCUUAUGCCAGUUAUGGUGAACCGUUGAGAUUUAAAGAUGUUUAAGGACAAGUACCAGGGCGGACCUUACUUUGAGGUGUUUUCACCACAGCAGAAAGACACAUUGUCUCAGUGGAAAAUGUCAGGACAAAUAUCGAAGAACUAUGACAAGGAGAUUAAAAGUUUUUCCUAUACUCUAGAAGGAUCUACUGCUACAACAAAAAUACAGAUUCCUAAAGACCCAAGAAUGUCUUUGCACCUUGUACAGCGGUAUCUAGUUGUUCAAAUUGCUUUGAGGAAAGGAGCAGACUUCAGCAUGGAGCUUGGUAUGUCAGAUAUGAAGAAUGGUAAAAGACGAUUGAUGUUGUCUACAACACAGAAAGAUAUACAUAUCACACCACUACAUGCAAAGAUUCCUCUUAAAAUUAUCAAAGUAGGAAUGUGGCUGAACUUAUGUUUGGACCUGGUGUCUAUGAUUGGUGAGACAUGGAGAGGGGAAACAUACAAUUUUUUAACAUUGUAUGGCUGCUCACCCAGCAAUGUAGGAGAAUUAGAUCAGAUACCUAAACAAUGUCAGUUUGCUAGUGAAUUCAACCAUUUAACACAGUUGCUGACAAUUGACAAAAUAAAGCAUGCUGAGAGAUUGAGGGGCGGUGGAGAUAUGAGGGGUUCUAUAAAUAGUAACCUAGAUCUCGAUUUGAGUGGCAGUGGCAGGAGGUCCUCUACCCAAUCAGGUGAUAACUUCCACAUUGCAUUUGGUUCUAAAAUAUCUGGAGUAAGGACAUCUCAGACCUCAUCAAAGAAAACAUCCAGAGAUACAGUUGGUAACCUCACUAACAGGAGUAUUAGAAGUAAUUCAAGAGCAGAAGAUGGUGUUACAAGCUCUGGAUAUCAAGAUAUGUCAGUGAGUAGGGACAGUCUAUACACAGGCAGGGACCCAGGUGGAGGGUCCAGGGAGAUGGGGUCUGGAGGUGGGGCCAGUGGAAUAUCAAAGAAAGAUGGUACCCAGCUUGUCCCAAACCCUCCAGGGAAACCAGCAUCAGUUCGUUUAGGACACCAGAGACAGUAUUCAGAUCCUUUCACUGUUAUAGACAAGGAUUCUUCCACAAAAAAUGCACAUGGAGAGGUAUCAGUAGUGCAGCCUCAUCCACCACGUGAACCCUCACACGAGCGAGUUAGAAGACGGCCUGCUCGAUUUAAAAGUAACAGUGCCGGGAAAGACAGAAUAUCAAAUACAAGUUCACAAAAAGAUGAAGGAAUAGGAACUAGUGCUUCGUCUGUGUUGUCCAAUCAGCACAGCCCUUACAAUGAGCAUCGAUGUAUGAGGGUUGUCUCUGAUGGCGACCUUUUAGAUGUCAGUGGAAGUAGUACUGAUUCCGGACCUCGUCAGAAAUCUGCUGAACAUAUUAAACGACCCCCUGUUGAUGUUCAUCGUAAAAAUAAACCUCCUCAGAGAAAAGAGUAUCGUGCUGCUAAUUAUCAGCAGGAGGGUGUGGAGAUGGAUGAGCUGUCAGAUUUGAUAGAAUUGUUACCUAAAGAUAUACAAUAUGCAAUGAAUCAUACUGCGAGCUCGGACGAGGAGAUUGAGGAUGAUGUGGAGGGUGACAGUGAAGAGGAAGAUAGAGAUGAUACGUAUCUGUUUGUUUCACAACCUAAACCUGCUCCCAGACAGAAAAAUGCCUCACCUUCUUAUCAUCUCCUAGACAAUGUGGAUAAAAACGUUAAAAAGACAGCUCCAAAAGGUAGAAAGAAGGAGGGGUCAAAGGCUCGAGGCCCAAGACCUGAGGAGGAUUUUAUAAAUGAUGACUCAUCAGAUAGUGACGAUAAACUUAGAGGCUUGAAUAGACAAGGGUCAAGGCCUAAUAGUGGUAGUAGGCCUGGUAGUGGAACCAGGCCUAAUAGUGGUACCAGACCUGGCAGUGGAACCAGGCCUAGUUCAGGUAGUAGACCAGAUAGUGGUAAUAGGCCUUUAAGGCCGACAAGUGCUAAUCGAUCCCAUUCUCGGACAAAUUCAGGAUCAAGGGCAGUUAAUCACAUACCUCCAUCUAGUUAUGCAGAAAACCAUUAUGAAUAUAGCAAUAAGAAAACAAAUGGUGCUACAAACACAAACAAUGGGAAUUUAGACAGUGUGAGAUUAGAAAACGGAAUUCCGAUUCCUAGGUUAAGUGGGUUACCAAACGGAACUGAUGAUGGUGGGGGAAGCCCCACAAGUUCUAAGGGCAUUACAGACAGGAGUUUUGUGUCUAGAAUGAGCAAGACAAAAUUAAAGGAAAUCCCAAUGACAGAUGCCAGAAUUUCUCAUACUAAUGCUGAAAAUAAAGCGUAUGAUUUUUCUAAAUAUGCAUAUCAGGAUCUUACUGCAUCAGAUGAGGAAGAAAUGUUGGCAGCAAUCCAAGGUGCCAGGAGUGCCGAGUUUGAACCUGAGAACUUUAUAGAUACAAAUAAAAGCAAUCAAAAUGCAAUUAAAUCUUUAAAAAGAACUGAAUCAAUUGGUGGUGCAGAGAAUUUUUCAGAAAUUGUAGCACCAAAAGUGGUAUUAAAAGUGAGAAAAUCAGGACCACAAGUUGGACGUACAAGUCGGGAGACUAACAACGAUUCACCGACGUUUUUCAGCGAGGAGGAUGACACCAGUCUCAGUACAUGGAAACCACCGCCACAGAAACCACAUGACUAUAGGCCAGAAAUGCAGAUCAGGUUGAGUUCAGACACAUUCACAGAUCCAAGGGAAUGGAGUGGAGUCUGUAGUCCGCCAGUGUUACAUGGUAUGCCUGUAUCUAAUUCACUUGAUGAUAUCUCCACAUUAAGCAAUAACUCACCAAGGAAACCAGUCCUGGGUGCAGGAGAAUCUCCAAAGACAACAGAUGAUGAGGAGGAGUUAGAUCUACUGUAUGACUCACAACUCAAUUGUUAUUAUGAUCCUAAAACUUGUACAUACUAUGAACUGAGCUAAAAUCUCCUUUAACCACAAACUUACCUAAGAUAAAUGGACUUUACUAGGAAUUUAAAAAUCUUCAUAAAUUAAUAGCUUAACUAAAAUGUCCAAACUUAACGACAUAUUAUCUGCUCAUGCCAAAAGCAAAGCAUAAAUCUGAAACAAGCAUUUAUAACAGUAUGGGACCAGGAUAGUUAUAUCUGUCAUCAGUAGAAUUGCUAUGUUUUUAGAAUAUUUCAGCAGACAUACUACAUAUGUAAUAUAUUUAGAGGUGAUUCUAGUGGACAAUUAUUUACAUAUUGAAUUUUCAUCACAAAUGACAGUGUUUAGUUAGAUGUCAUAAAAAAUUGAGGCUAUUUUUACAGAGGAAUUAAAGGAAUACAUCCUUCAAAACAAAGUAUAAUAUAUCAUGACUUUUUUCAAAGUGAAUAAUUUUAAAGUUUAUAUAAACCUUUGUGGACUAUGAAUUCAUUUGUACUAUUAUUGGUAAAAAUUUCAUGAUCAGUCACAGUAAAUCUUAAAUUUCUGUAGUUCUAUGUGAAUUUGGGUAAUUUUUACCCCGACUUUUUGAAACAUAUUUGCCUUUACCCUGCUGGAAUCAAAAGUGACUAGUCUUGGCAAUUAGUAUAGAGCUAGGCAGUCUGUACUUGUAGGCAGUCUGAGUCUGACCAGGCUCUAUGUUGUUGACUGACUCACAUUUAAUUUUAAAGUUCGAGUCUCUGAAAUUGAUACUUUUUGAGUUCCAAAAAUAGAAACUGAGCCAGUUAGCAGACCAAAGGUUAAAGUGGCAUUGGUGUAACAGUUGGUUAAUAUUUGUCAUCAUAUUUCCUAGCAAUAGAAGUUAAGUCAAACACAAACUUUACACAUUUUCAGGUCACUGACCGAAACUAUGUAUGAUAAAGAAAACUUGUCACAGUGGUUAAGGCAACACUUGCAAGUUCCAUAUUCCGAACUCUGAAAUGUUCCAUUUAAUUUUUAACAUUUGUUAUGAGUGUCAUAGACUAAAAGCUGUAGUACUUAGAAAACAAUUACACAUCAGUUGCAAGAACUUGUCAUAAAGAUAUAACCUGCUGAAAAUGAAUGACCACAGGAACAGAUUUAUUUUUUUAUCUACCAGACCCUCUCAAUGUCUGAUGUAUAAAAAAUCAUAAUGUUCUUGAUAGUGCCUGUUUUGGUUGUGUGUAAUUGUAAAAACUCAUUAUGUGAAAAUGUAAACAUUUCUUAAAUCUCAGUAAUUUUAGCUUAUUUGAAGGUACCGAUACUGUUUAUAUGUGAUAAUUUAGAUUUUGGAAGAUUACAUUGUAACCAUUUAUGGUAAUGUUAUAAAGUAUCUGUCUGUGAUAUACAUGUAUUGUGAAACUGUUGUUAGGGAGUCUAGUUCUAUUGUAUAUAAUUGUUAUAGCAUGCAGUGUUUAUUUUUUUUCACAAAAUGAUUCUUGUUUUAACAUAUUAUGAAUGAUACUGUAUUCUAUGAACACUGAUGAUUGAAAAUCAUUUUCUAUGAAAAAUAAAAAAAAAACAAUUACAAGUA